UUUUAUUAUCCACUUUUUACCUUUUGCUGACAUUUUAAAUGGCACCUCAAGAAGACCAACGUAACUUACUACAGCCUGAAGAUUUAGAAUCAGGUUAUAGACCCACUCCAUCCGCCAAUGUCAAUAACAACAAUGCACAACAGGACAACAACACUACCACAGCAAUAAGAGAGUAUUUUGAGCAAUCCAGCCAUCCUAUUGCAGCGUUGUUUUUCUUGCUGUUUAGAUUAGGUGCAUUAUUGACCUAUUUAUUGGGAUCAUUUUUCACGGACAAUUUCACUUUUGUAUUUGUCUUGACCAUUCUUUUCCUCGCCUUUGAUUUCUGGACAACAAAGAAUAUCUCGGGUAGAUUAUUAGUGGGACUUCGUUGGUGGAAUGAAAUUCAGCCGGAUGGAACCAAUAAAUGGGUAUUUGAAAGUGCUAGUCCUAGUAGAAUCAAUAAUGCUGCUGAUAGUAAACUCUUUUGGUGGAUGUUAUAUGGUACACCUGCUCUCUGGGGCUUAUUUGCAUUCUCUAGUUUCAUCACAAUGAAGCCUUCAUGGUUAGUCAUUGUUGCUGUUGCUCUUGCAUUGAAUUUAGCAAACGUUUACGGUUAUUCUCAAUGCGAUAAAGAGGCUAAAAAGAAAUGGGCUACUGGUAUGGCUACACGAUCUGCAUUAGGUUCAUUAGGAAGCGGCGCAAGUGGAUUAGUUGGAAAGGCUUUCACUUCGGGUAUUGGAAAAGUGUUUGGUUCAAGAUAAUAAAAAGUACUUUUUUUAAUGAUUAUUUGUAUUGGGCAUAAGGAUCGUUUCCUGCAAUAUUACGACGUUGACCAAAGCUCAUACCAGACUAUUGAAACAUGUCAUUAAACAAUCUCUUUACACCAUUGUAUGUAUUACU